AUUUCGGUAAAAUAAAUUAGUGCGUGGCAAUGGAGUCCGUGGAGCUGACCACAGGCCUUGUGUUGGUCUGUACGUUCCUCCUGUCUCUCCUCUGUCUCCGGACAUGGGUGGGACGCCGCAGACGUCCCGACAAGUUACCCCCCAGCCCCCCCGGGCUGCCGUUCCUGGGGAACCUGCUGUCUCUGAGCCCGCGGGAGCCCCACCUGCAGCUGACGGCGUGGCGGCGCCGGUACGGAGACGUGUUCAGCCUGCGGAUGGGUCCGCAGGACGUGGUGGUUGUGAACGGGUGCGCCGCCGUCAGGGAGGCCCUGGUCAUGAAGGGCGCACACUUCUCGGACAGACCCGCUCUGUUCCUCACGGAAGCUACUUUCGCCAGGAAAGGAAUCAUCAUGCGAAAGUAUGGGGACGCCUGGAAGAGUUUUCGACGCUUCGGUCUGUCCAGUCUCCGCCACUUUGGUAUGGGGAAGAAAACACUCGAGCCCAGCAUUCAGUGUGAAUGCCGCCGACUUUGUCAGAGCUUUCAGGAUAUGAAUGGAAGGCCUUUCGAUGCUAGUCGCUUCCUUCAAAUUGGAGUCGGCAAUGUCAUCAAUACCAUUGCAAUCGGAAGACGGUUUGAGACAGAUGAUCAGGAGUACGAGGAAGAACUGAAGAGAGUUGACGUCACCUGCAAGCUGUUUCUUCAGGCCCAGAUUCUGAACUUUUAUCCCACACUACGAUAUGUUCCCGGACUUCGUGGCAUGUUUAACAAGUGGAAAGAAUGUGAAGUUCGCUUUCUUCGGCGGUAUCAAAUGAUACUCGACCACCACAAGAAGACGUUCGACCCUUCGGAGAUCCGGGACGUAAUUGACAUGUGCCUGUUGGAACUGCACAGGAGCGAAAGCUUCAUGAAAGAGGAUAACAUUCUGUACAUUGUGAGUGAUUUCAUAGCGGCAGGCACGGAAACGACGGCGACGACUCUGUCCUGGGCACUGCUGUACCUCGCGCUGAACCCUGCCUGGCAGCGGAAAGUCCAAGAAGAGCUGGAUGCCGUGGUCGGAAGCGACGAAAUCCCGGCGUACUCCAGACGCGAGGAGCUGCCCUACACAGAAGCGACCAUCCUGGAGAGCCAGCGUAUCCGCACCACGGUUCCCCUGUCCGUGCCCCACUGCACCUCGUCCCCGACCAGCCUGCAGGGGUACGACAUCCCCGCGCACACCCAGGUGUGGGUGAACCUGUGGUCCGUCCACAUGGACCCCGCCUACUGGCCCCACCCGGACACGUUCGACCCCGGCAGGUUCCUGGACGGCAGCGGGAGGGUCAAGGUCCCGGAGGCCUUCAUGCCGUUCUCCACAGGAAGAAGAAUUUGCCUCGGCGAGCAGCUGGCCAAGAUGGAACUUUUCCUGUUCCUCACGUCCCUGCUGCAGCAGUUCACCUUCAAACUGCCAGAGGGCGCGCCUGAGCCAGACAUGUCAGGAGAGAUCGGCGUCACUCUUCAGCCCAAACCCUACAAGCUGGAAGCUAUUCCCCGCAAGGCUUCACUGUGAUUUUGGCGAGUACAUUGAGGGGAAAACAAUCAUUCUUUCAAAAUGAAUAUGCUACUGGUUGUGUACCAUAUUCCUGUCAACAACUCAAGAGGUUGGAGGCUCCUUCUUUUGAGUGCCCAUCCAUUCAUUUCAUAU